GCUCGAGCCGCCCAGAUGCGAACCCCGCGGUGGGGCGUUUAGGACUGGCCUCUCCUGCUCCGCUUCCCGCUCCGACUCCUUCUCGGCUCCCGCAGCCUCGCGCCGCACGCAAUCACCGGGUCCCCCCCAGAGCCCCGGCUGGCUGAGCAGCGGACCCCUGCAGUGGGCAUCAUGCCGCUGACGCGCCCCACAGUCUUGGCCGCCACGCUGACGGCUCUGGCGCUGCUCGGAGUGGCGCCCGCGGCGCGGGCGAGUGCGGCCUUGGUGGGCUCGGGCCCAGUGGUGCGCUGCGAGCCUUGCGACGCGCGCGCACUGGCCCAGUGCGCGCCCCCGCCUGCGGCGCCUGAGUGCGCCGAGCUGGUGCGUGAGCCGGGCUGCGGCUGCUGCCUGACCUGCGCGCUGCUCGAGGGCGAACCCUGCGGCGUCUACACUGAGCGCUGCGGGUCCGGCCUCCGCUGCCAUCCGCAGCCCGGCGAGCUGCGCCCGCUUCAUGCGCUGCUGGACGGCCGCGGAGUCUGCACCAACGUUAGCGCCGCAGGCCGCCUGAGUGACUACCUGCUACCCGCCCCAGGAAACAGCAGUGAGUCGGAGGAAGACUACAGCGCCGGAGCCGCUGGGAGCCCGGCGCUCCCCGGCACACACCGGGUCCCCGACUCCAAGCUCCACCCAGGCCACACCAAGAUGGACGCAAUCAAGAAAGGGCACGCCAAGGACAGCCAGCGCUACAAGGUCACCUACGAGGCCCAGAGCACGGACACCCAGAACUUCUCCUCCGAGCGGGAGAUGGAGCACGGGCCCUGCCGCCGGGAGAUGGAGGACACGUUGAGCCACCUGAAGUUCCUGAACACACUGAGUCCCAGGGGCGCACACAUUCCCAACUGCGACAGGAGGGGUUUCUACAAGAAGAAGCAGUGCCGCCCCUCCAAAGGCAGGAAGCGCGGCUUCUGCUGGUGCGUGGACAAGUACGGGCAGCCCCUCCCGGGCUACAGUGCGAAGGGCAAAGGGGACGUGCAGUGUGACGGCGCGGAGAGCAAGUGAUGUGGCCACCUGGUGUGGAGCUCCAGUGCGCCCUUUUUGCACAAAAGACACAGUCAGCAGCUGGCCACAGCCUUGAUUUAUGUUUCUUUUUGUGGUGAAUCAAAGUUUUUGUUUUUUAAUCCAAGUUUAGAGAGAGAUGCCUGACAUGCCUGGGGCUCUACAUGGUGACCUUGCGUGGCUCCCCAUUCUGCUUUACUGCAGCAGCCAAUGAAACUGUGUGGUUUUUCUUAUUGCUUCUCCAAACCUGCUUAUACACGUGUGUGCAGCGCAGCCAGGCGGCGCACCGUCUGGACCCCACGCGGGCUGCCGUGGCAGACCCUCACCUCGAACCUUGUCCCUGCUGCCAUGGCAGGGCACGCUGCGGCCCUCUGGGACAGCAGCCCUGCACUCCGUGUCCGCACACCGGGACGUGCCCGCUGCGAGCAAAGCCCGGCGUCCCUCCUGUUCCCAGGUGGCCUGUCCUGCUUGGGAAAGAGUGGGGACAAUGAGGCCAAGUCUUUUGCAUUGUUUAAAAAUGACCAAGGAAGUUCUCGUGCAGAGGUGGGCACGUCAGGCAGACCCCUGAGGACUCGGCCUUGGCUGGAGGCCCCUCAGGGCAGGGGAUGGCUGGGGGGGCGGGGCGGCAAGCACCACCCCUUCAUUUUCAGAGGGACCCACUAGUAGCACCAUGCUUGAGAUGACAACAGAAAAUGGUGUUUUCUCACUCAAAAAGUCAAGACCAAGGUUAUUUUUUAGGAUAAGCUCAUCAAAGUCAAAGGAGGUUUGUGUUCACCCCUCCCAUCUGCCCCCCACCUCCCGCUCCAUGUAACUGGUAGUGAUUGUGUCUUGCCAGAGACGAAGGGGGGCACAGAGUCGCCCCCAUUUCCCUUCUGGUUUGCUGAGAAGCUCCUUCAUGAACUGUCACCGGUGUGGGUUUCAUAGCCCCAAUACAACAGGACCCGAAUGUGCCACAAGGGAAUCUCAGAUGAGAGCCAGCCACAGCCCAGGAAGCUCUAAGCGGCAGCUGCCCUGGGCGGGAGGGGGGGGGGAGGUGUGCACAGCCCCCUCAUCUGGACGGAGGGGUCUCCAGACAUUCUGCCCACCUAUUAGCUUUUCUUUAUUUUUUUUAAAUCCUUUUCAAAAAAAGUAUUUUUGAAAAAUUUGUGUCACCAUGUAUUUAUAAUUGCUCAAUAAAAUUUUUACCAUGAAGAA